CAACACUCCCUCUUCUUUGCAAAUCAAGCAACAAUCAAGCUAAAAGAUACAAGAAUGAUGCUUAGGGUUGUUCUAGCAGUGCUGCUGCCAGUAGCAGCUUAUCAGUCCCCUCUGCCCACAGACUGUAGUGACAUCUACAAAGCCGGCUCAGGUUGGGACGGCGUGUACACCAUCUACCCAGCAGGCCCGACCUCUCCUGUUCAGGUUUACUGUGACAUGAGCAAAGACGACGAUUCUGCCGAAAAAUGGACGGUCAUUCAGAGGAGGCAAGAUGGCACAGUGAACUUCUACAUGAAGUGGAAUAGCUACAAAGCUGGAUUUGGCAGCGCGGCUGGAGAGUACUGGCUGGGCCUGGAGACAAUGCAUCUGCUGACCCAGGCCAAGAACUACGAGCUGAGGGUGGACAUGGAAGACUUUGAGGACCAGAAGGUCUUUGCCCAUUACUCGGCCUUCUCUGUUGGUCCAGAGACAGAGGGGUACCAGCUAAACCUGGGAAGUUUCACCAAGGGAGCAGCAGGAGACUCUCUACGUCUUCACAAUGGACAGAAAUUCACCACCACUGACAAAGAUCAAGAUCUGCAUAAUUCAAACUGCGCCAGGUUGUGCUAUGGAGGAUUCUGGUAUAGAGACUGCUUUGGUGCUAACCCCAACGGGGUCUACGCUUGGGGACCUUCACCCCGUGCAGCUGGUGUACAGUGGAAUGGUUUUAAAGGGCUGGAUUACUCUCUGAAAACCAUGAUAAUGAAGAUCAGACCGGUUCCUGCAUAAAAAUGGAACUGGGUCAAGAGCCACAGCGCUCAGCCUUGUUGAACUGUGGUGCAUCACAACCAGCAGAAUUAGCAACGUCCGAAUAGAAACAAACAGGUUCACUCUGACACCUUUCAGACUUUUAUUUUCUAUUUAUUCAUUUUGAAUCAAGUCUGUAGGCUGAAUGAUGACCAUAGUUUAACCUCCUUUAUACAGGUAGGUAGGAUCAGGUGCAAACUAUUUAAGGAUAAGUCUGGUGAUAUUUAUAUUAUAUUUAGAUAUGUAGUUUUUCUUGUCAAUAGAUUCCAUGAAAAGGCUAAGACUAAAUGGAUCCUAUUAACAAGUAUUGUUUGUGCAGUUGUUUUCAUGGGUAACACCAGCUUUAGCCUUAAAGAAAAAAUGA